AUGAAUGUGCUAGCUUUCGAACCUGACGGUCGCCCGAUCGCAUUUCCCACUUGGCUUGACGAUCUGCAGCUUUUCCUUCUGACUGAUGCCAAAGAUGGUGUCUCGCUUUUCGACUACGCCACUGGCACUGCCGCUGCUCCUGCUGACAGUGCUCCUGCUGUAGACCGCUCACAGUGGCUGACUCGCGAUGCUGCUGCGCGCCUUGCUAUCCGCAACCAUCUGCCGAUCGCUGAGCGCGCGCAUUUCAGUCAGCACAAAACUGCCAAGGCACUUUAUGACGCAGUAGUUGCACGCUACUCCUCCCCAGCCACUGCUGCAGUAGGAGGCCUUAUCCUGCCCUACCUGUCCCCUGACCUGUCCUCCUUCCCCACUGCUGCGGACUUGAUUACUCACCUUCGCGAUAGUGAGGCCCGCUUUAACGCCACUCUUAAGGACGAGUUCCGUGCCAAGAACCCCCCUUCACUCUACUUUACCCUCUACCUCCUCGUCACCCGCCUCCCUGACACCCUUAGCACAGUCAGGGACCACUUCCUCGCCAUCGACGCCCCCGAGAUCACCCUGGACGACUUCGAGCGGCAGCUUCACGCAGCAGAGAAGAAUCUCCUAGCUGUCGGUGCCGCUCGAGGCACUCCCCGCACUCCCCUCUUUGAGGGGUGCUCCCCCUCCCCCCUCGCCCCCUCGUACGCCUCGGUUGCUACUCCCGUUGACCUUCCUGGUGCUGAGAAGGUCGCCACUGCUUCCGCUCCUAGUGGGAAGCGCGGCGGGGGCCGGGGCGGCAAGGGGGGCAGGGGUGGUGGGGGUGGGGGUGGGGGGAGCGAUGGUGGGGGCGGUGGGGGUGGUGGGGGGGUGGAGGUGGUCGUGGGGGUGGUGGAGGUGGCAGCGGCGGCAAGGGGGGAGGAGGCGGUGGUGGUGGGGGUGGUGGUGGAGGCGGGAGUGGGACCGGCCAGCAGCAGCAGCAGAGGCAGCAGCAGCAGCAGCAGCGCCAGACCCCCUCCUCUCAGCAGCUUCAUGACUGGUAUGCUGGGCGUGGGGCGUCUGGGGGUUCUGGUCGCUGCCCCUAUCGACGCCUGGCGCGCCAAGUUCCCUGAUGCCACUGAGUUCCCCAACUGGGCUGAUCUGCUUAGGCGUGAUGUCAAUGUCUAUGAUCUUGACUAUGAUGCAAUCCUUGCUGCCAUGUAUGCAUUGACUGUUAGUGCUGAGGGUGACUGCUACUUGUGCGUUCCACCUGGCCCAGGAAUAGAGACUGCAGCCCUAGGUGCUCGUGCGUCUGACCCCUCUGGUACUGCGUCCGCGCAGGCUUUGCACACGUUUACACUUGACUCUGGUGCUUCUCGCUGUUUCUUUCGCGACAGCACCGCAGUCACCCCCCUCCCUGCACCUGUUCCUGUCUCGCUGGCUGACCCCUCUGGGGGCCCAGUGCUUGCACGUGCCACGACUGUGCUUCCGUGCCCAGCGGUCCCGUCUGCGUGUGGCGAUCUGUACCUGCUCCAAGACUGGCCGCCACCUGGCCACGUUCACCCGUGA